CUUGUUCAGUCACUCAACAAAAGAACUGCAGAACUGAGUACUAAAUAUGGCAUUCCGGUGUCAAAAAUGCCAAACGGAGAUUAAGCUUGACGCUUCAUUUGAAAGCAUGUCGAAAUCCCAGGCAAAACUUCUAGUAUCUAAGGUUCCCACGCCCUCAUUGCGCACUUCUGUCCAACCUACCAAAUUCAUUCACCCAGAUAGAAUAGAAAAGUACCGCCAGGCUCUUAUGUAUGGAGACGAUAAGGCUUCAAUUUCUGAAGACUAUAAAAGCCUAGAGCCCGUCAAGCCAGGAGAACUAGGCCAGUCUUUUGUGUACAUCUCUGAUUCUGAGGAUGUCGAUACUAAAUAUCAGGACGACGAUUUCAGACCCUGUGACAAUGUAGGAGAACAGCUACCUGAUUUUUCCAAAAUCAAAACGUUGAACCAGGUCUUCGAGAUUCUUCUGGCCAAUCAAGAUGUUGGUCACCCAAUGUGCUCUGAGUGUUCCGACCUCUUGACAGAAAACUAUAAACUCAAAUUUGAUCAGAGUCAGAAAGAAAAAGAAUACUAUAGAUCUUUUCUUAAAAAGCUUAAAGAUCGUGAAUCUGACUCUGUGGAUAUGGAAGAGAGCUUGGGUGAUCAAUUGAAUACUGCAGCCAGUGACUUGAAGAGGCUAGAGCUUAUGGAGCAGGAUAGACUUAGUGAGUUGGAAUCGUUGGAAGCACGACACCAUGAGCUCAAUCAGCAGCUAGAUUCCCUUAAUACGAAACUGGAAAUUUCUGGAAAAGUUCAGUUGGAUGAAUUAUUUCGAUUGAAAAACACACUUAACUUGAAUCUUCAGGAGAAACAGACCAAGCUAGAUCAAGCAAAGGCUCUAUAUCAAAAACAUCUCAAUCACUUGGAUGAGCUUCGAAAGAUCAACAUCUAUAAAGAAUUAUUUGAUAUUCUGUUCGAGGGAGACUACGGUUUGAUAAAUGGAUUCCGGCUUGGGUACAAAGUUCCAUGGCCUGAGUGUAAUGUCGCUCUCGGCCAAAUAGUUCGGAUGCUCAAAUUUUUAAAAGAACGAUUAGGUAUUAUACUCGAGCAAUACAAGCUCGUACCAAUGGGAUCGAAGUCAUACAUUUUGAAGCAGCAAAAAAGUCAAUCAGAGCCAGAAUUCAACCCGAAUACAGCCUCAUUUUUACAGUUGUAUUCUUCAAACGAGUUCACGUUGGGAAAGCUCUUUAAUUUCAACAAGCUUGAUGUGUCAAUGAUGGCACUUCUAGAUAUCAUCGCUCAGUUCGAAGCCCAGCUCAUGAAUACUGACAACGAGCUUUCCCUUCCAUAUAAAGCUUCGCUGAAAAAUGGUACUUUAGGAGGUAAAAGUAUCAGAGUGACAUCAAAUGGCCAAUGGACUGAUUCUUGUAGAUACCUUCUAGUCAAUCUCAAUUGGGUCCUCAGUUACGCCAGUGCGCGGCAGGAAGAAUAACCCGCAUCCAUUAAAGAGUUGAAAGAUGAAUAAUCAGGAGCUACGCGGUCCAUUCAUUGGUGCAUGUAUAUUUUCGAGUUGCUGAUUUCUUCAAGGACAAGGCGUUGAUGCGAUAUAUUCGAGCAAUUUCUAGCGGGACCUUGCAUGCGGGCAGAAAUGCACUCGCGGCUCAUGAGCGUCGCUCAAGAUAUGUGUAUGAACCCUAACAUGUACUAAAUAAAGACAAUUGCCCAGAGAUUAGAAAGUAUCUAUUUAUUAAGGGAAAGGGCCUUAUGUCAAACCACGUUAUUCAAUUCGUCAAUGCAAUUUUGGUUGUUCAAUUCUUGUAAAUAACUUUUGUUUGAAUCUUUCCGCAAAAAUUGUGUAAUGG